AAAAGGCCCAGGAGGGAAAGAGGUUGUCAGACUCAGUGGCUUGACCUUUCCAGCUGCUCUCAACCUUCUGUGCAACCUCAGCCUAACACCAUGACUUCCUGCUACAUCAGCUCAUGCCAGUGUCCCGGCAGCACCAGGUUGCCUGCCCCAACAAAUGUCUAUGGCCCCUCCAUUGACAUUGUGUGCCAGCCUGGGGCAGAGGCCAGGGCUGCCUCCCUGUGCCUGUCGGCCACCAUGGCACAUGCCAACCGAGCCCGUGUGGGGGCAACCCCUCUGGGCAAACCCAGUCUGUGCAUGCCCUUCAGCUGCUGCACCGCUUGCCCCUUGCCAGGGACCUGCAACAUUCCCGGCAACAUUGGAGUCUGUGAGAACUAUGCAGAAGGCGCCCCGAAUGGCCAUGAGAAGGUAACCAUGAAGUUCUUGAAUGACCGUCUGGCCAACUACCUGGAGAAGGUGCGCCAGCUGGAGCGGGACAACAAGGAGCUGGAGAUCAAGAUCCGAGAGUCGAGCAAAUGCCAUGAGUCUACCAUGUGUCCAGACUACCAGUCCUACUUCCAGACCAUCAAGGAGCUCCAGCAGAAGAUCCUAUGCAGCAAGGCUGAGAAUACCAGGCUGAUUAUCCAAGUUGACAAUGCCAAGCUGGCAGCCGAUGACUUCAGAAUCAAGCACGAGAGUGAGCACGCCCUGCGCCAAGUGGUAGAGGCAGACAUGUGUGGGAUGCACAAGCUCAUGGAUGACCUGAGCCUGGCCAAGGCUGACCUGGAGGCCCAGCAGGAGUCCCUGAAGGAAGAGCUGCUCUGCCUCAAGAGGAACCAUGAACAGGAAGUGAGCAUUCUGAGGAGCCAGCUGGGGGACAAGCUCCAGAUUAAGCUGGACGUGGAGCCCACCGUGGACAUGAGCAGGGUGCUCCAGGAGAUGCGGUGCCACUAUGAGGCCAUGGUGCAGACCAACCACAAUGAUCUGGAAGAGUGGUUCCGAGAUCAGUCUGAAAGCAUCAGCAAGCAGGACAUGUCGUGCUCCGAGGAGCUGCGGUGCUGCCAGUCAGAGAUCCUGGAGCUGAGACGCACGGUGAACGCCCUGGAGGUGGAGCUUCAGGCCCAGCACACGCUGAAAGACUGUCUGCAGAACUCCCUGUGUGAGGCUGACGCCCGCUUCGGCACCGAGCUGGCCCAGAUGCAGAUGCUGAUCAGCAACGUGGAGGAGCAGCUGUCUGAGAUCCGGGGUGACCUGGAGCGGCAGAACCAGGAGUACCAGGUGCUGCUGGACGUCAAGGCCCGGCUGGAGUGCGAGAUUGCCACAUACCGGAAACUUCUGGAGAGCGAGGACUGCAAACUCCCCAUGAAUCCCUGCUCUAUGGCUGCCUCCUGUGUCCUUUGUCCAGGCUGUGCCCCUGCCACCUGCAGCCCUCUCUAA